GUCAUGAGCUAUGGUCAUGAGACUCUCUGAAAACACAGGUUAUGAUGUUCCGAUAAUCCUGUUGCGGCGAUGAUGAUGUUUUUAUCUUUAUUUCUCGGUUUACUGCUCAUGACAGUCUCUGAAAACGAUGCGGUUGAGAAGAUUCAAGCUUUCGUCGUUCCUCACAGUCACAUGGAUGUUGGCUGGGUGUACACCGUCCAGGAGAGCAUGCAUGCGUAUGGCAGCAAUGUGUACAGCAGUGUAGUGGAAGAGCUGUCGAGAGUCGAAAGCCGCAAAUUCAUUGCAGUUGAACAGGAGUUUUUCCGACUCUGGUGGGUGAAUGAGGCAUCAGAUUGGCACAAGAAACAGGUGAGACAGCUGUUGCACGAGGGCCGUCUGGAGUUCAUAAUCGGUGGUCAGGUGAUGCAUGAUGAAGCAGUGACAGAUAUAGAUGAUGCCAUUCUUCAACUCACAGAGGGACAUGGUUUCUUGUAUGAGACUUUUGGCGUUCGGCCACGUUUUGCGUGGCAUGUUGAUCCGUUUGGUGCGUCGGCCACCACCCCCGUCCUCUUUGCCCUCGCGGGGUUUGACGCUCACCUCAUCUCUCGCAUCGACUACGACCUUAAAGAUGACAUGCAGAAAAAAAAGAAUUUGCAGUUUGUGUGGAGAGGCUCUCCCUCCUUAAAGGAAAAACAAGAGAUAUUCACACACACCAUGGACCAGUUCAGCUACUGCACACCGUCAUACCUCCCCUUCUCUAACAGGUCUGGGUUUUACUGGAAUGGUGUUGCCUUGUUUCCGAACCCUCCUAAGGAUGGCAUAUACCCUAACAUGAGUCUGCCAGUGACCAAGGAAACUGUAGAGCUGUAUGCACAGACCAUGGUGGACAACAUCAGAAUGAGGGCCCAGUGGUUCAGAACCAGCCAUGUUCUCUGGCCUUGGGGUUGUGACAAGCAGUUCUACAAUGCAUCAGUGCAAUUCAUGAACAUGGAUUUUUUAAUGAACUACAUUAACGCACACAGUGACAAGUAUGGAGUUGCAGUUCAGUACGCCACGCUAAAGGACUAUUUUCAGACGGUGCACCAAACAAAUCUUUCCUGGGAUGUGAGGGAAAACCAAGACUUCCUCCCUUACUCAACAGAACCGUUUCAGGCCUGGACUGGGUUCUAUGGUUCCAGAAAUAUUCUGAAAGGAGUAGCCAGACGAGCGAGUGCCCUCCUGUAUGCAGCAGAGUCUCUCUUCACUAGAUACCGCAUCAGAUACCCAGAAGGCCCGGUUCAGAGAGAGUGGGCGCUAGACAAACUCAAGGCCCUGCGAUGGGCUGUCUCUGAGGUUCAGCAUCAUGAUGGCAUCACAGGGACAGAAUCCCCCAAAGUGGCUGAUAUGUAUAUGGAGCAUCUCAUGCAAGGCAUGAUGGGAGCUGAGGAACUCUUGGCAGCCAUUUUCUUGCUUCCACAGACCAUCAAACUUUCCAAUGACAUCCAUCACCCACCCCAAACCAGACCCACCACAGAGAAGACUGACUCAGAAAAUGUUCUCGAACAGCAUAUCAUCGUGUACAACCCUCUAGCUUGGAACAUUUCAACAUAUAUUAAUAUUUCUGUGCCAUAUGCAAUGGCAGUUGUGCUUGACGAUUAUGGAAAGGCAGCACCGGCUCAGAUCCAGCAAUCGAUGGAGUCCUCCACUGACUACGAUCUGUUCUUCGUUGUUGAGCUGGGGGGACUGCAGUACAGAAAGUACAUUGUGCAGUUCCCACAAUCCCACUGUGACGCUGGGUCUGCGUGUGGGGCGACUCAUGUGGCCAGAGUAGUGAAAUUUAAGAAGAAGAAUGUGAGCCAGUGGAAAAAGACAGGAAGGAAGUUGUUACCGGUGCUGAAUGAGUGUUACAAACUGAUGUUCGACCAAGAGACAAACCUUCUGCACAGCAUCACAGACCGGUGCAAAAAGAUGAGAGUUCGAGUACAGCAGGACUUCUGGGAGUAUGAGGCCAACGGGGACAUUCACUCUGGGCCGAUCUCAGACAACUACAUCUUUACUGCCAACGGCUCUGCUGUUCCUGCAUACAAAUCUGUGGCCAUGGAGAUUGUGCCGGGGAAGAUAGUUUCAGAGAUACGUCAGUAUUUCUACAGAGAGGAGGAAGACAAGAACCACACUUACUCGGUGGUCACCAGGGUGCCGGUAGGGUUUCGGGGUCGGCUGGCGUGCUUCAGACUGGAGCAGAGCUAUAAAGUGGGACCCCUAGAGGUGAACCGAGAGACUGUGUUCAGAACCGACACGAGUCUGCAGAAUAACAGAACACUGUUUACUGACAACAAUGGCUACCAGAUGAUGAAAAGGACAUUCAAGAGCUUCGUCAACAACACAGUCUCCCGUAACUACUACCCAAUGGUACGAGCGGCUUACGUAGAAGAUGAUUCCAGCAGACUUGUGUUCCUCAGUGAAAGAGCUCAUGGAGUGGCCAGUCUGAGUCAGGGUCAACUAGAAGUGAUGCUUCAUAGACGGCUUUGGAACAACCAGGAGUGGAAUCUGGGUUAUAACCUGACUCUUAAUGACUCCUCUGUGGUGCGGCCUGUUCUUUGGAUGAUGCUGGGAUCCCCUGCUGCAAUAUCAUCCAUCUACCAACAGGAGGCACUAGAGCUGCAGCACAGACCUGUGGUUAUGCCUAUUGACCAACCGCAAAAGCCACUGAGUCCGAGAGCGAGAAGUAGCGGUCCGUCUGUUCAGCCGGUGGUUCUGCCCCAGAACCUCCACAUGCAGACCCUCAGCGUCCCUGGCUGGAACUACAGUCCUGAUCACACCCAGCACCUCCACAAGCUCAGCGCAGGUGGAGAGGGAAAGAUAGACUUUGACCGGAUUCUUUUGAGGAUCACACACCUGUAUGAAGUAGGAGAAGACCCAGUCCUGUCACAACCCAUCACUAUUAACCUGAAGGAAGUUAUGCGGGGCAUAGGGGAGGUAACUGAUGUGCAGGAGCGUUCACUUACUGGAACAUGGGAUAUAUCAGACCUCCAGAGGUGGAGCUGGAAAACCAAUGAAAGAGUACGAAAAGAAGAGGAAACAGAUUUUUUCAGUGGCGUAACCCAGGACUUCAAUGUGACCAUUCACCCGAAGGAGAUCAGAACCUUUUUCAUUCACUUCAAAUAGACGGUUCACUUUCCGAAUUCACUUUUGCAGAAGCUGACGAUUAUCUUCUGUGAAGAUUGUUUAUUAAGAUUAUUUCUAAAGUGUCAGUAAUGAUUUUGAGAUGUGCACAAUAUGAAUAAUUGAAACUUCUUUGUUUUUUUCUUGGGUUAAAUAUGAGAAGAUAGUGUUAAGUAUCUGUAAAUAUCAAAAUAUCUGUAAUAAAA